AUGGCAAGGAGUAGCAAGACAGCAGCGAGGACCCUGGAGGAUUUGACGCUAGACUCGGGUUAUGGUGGAGCCGCCGACUCCUUCAGGUCUUCCAGUGCGUCGCUGUGCUGCUCAGAGGCACAUGGGGGGAAUCACUGGCAUCUAACCGACUCGAUGCACAGUCGACACAACAGCCUGGACACUGUCAACACGGUCCUGGUCGAAGACGCCGAGAUCCUGGAGAGCACCGGGCAGUGCGCUAAACUACCCGAGCUUGAGGAUGUGCCGUGGAGCCUCGGGGAAGUGGCGAGCGCACUGAGCAGGGACGAGGAGAUGAGCCUGCCGACCCCCCCGCAGGACGUCCUGCACAGGCUCUCGGUGCUGGUCAGCCGGGCCCUGGUGAGGGUCGCCAAGGAGGCGCAGCGCCUGAGCCUGCGCUACGCCAAAUGCACCAAAUACGAGAUCCAAAGUGCCAUAAAGAUGGUCCUGUCGUGGACCGUGUCGAUGAACUGCAUCGGCGCGGCCCUCAGUGCCUUGUCCCUGUACAACAUGAGCACGGAGGAGGACAAGUUCAGCCGCGGUAAGUCGGUGCGCUGCGGACUCAUCUUCAACGUGGGGAAGUUCUUCAGGUGGAUGGUCGACAGCAGGGUCGCGGUCAGGAUCCACGAGCACGCCGCGAUCUACCUGGCCGCGUGCAUGGAGAGCCUCUUCCGCGAGGUGUACGCGCGGGUGCUGCGCAGUGCGCUGCUGGAGAGGGACAACGGGAUCCCCAAGUUUACUGUGGAGACCCUGGAGCAGGCCAUCAACAGCGACGCGGAGAUAUGGGGGUCUCUGCUGUCCUGGCAGCAUCUCAUCUGUGGGAAGAACGCAAGCGGUGUGCUCAGUCUACCUGAGGGUUUGAUCCUCCACAGGGACCAGCAGCAGCAGCAGCAGCAGCAGCGAGCGGGGAAGAGCGGCGAGGGAAACGCCUACAGCCAGACGGAUCUGCGCUCCGCUGAACAGUGUUUACUGGCCACAAGAGUGGGCAGCAUCUCAGAGCUCAGCGACCUGGUGUCCCGGGCCAUGCACCACCUUCAGCCGCUGUAUAUGAAGAACCACAACAACGGGACGCCGGUCCACCAGAAGGGCUGCGUGAUCCACUGGCAGCCCGAGGCGAUCUACACGCUGUGCUACUUCAUGCACUGCCAUCAGAUGGAGUGGGAGAACCCAAACGUCGAGCCCUCCAAGGUCACCUUACAGACAGAGAGGCCGUUCAUGGUGCUGCCGCCUCUGAUGGAGUGGGUGCGUGUGGCUGUGGUCCACACCGAGCACAGACGCAGCUUCUCUGUGGACAGCGAUGAUGUCCGGCAGGCUGCCAGGCUGCUGCUGCCCGGAGUGGACUGCGAGCCCCGUCAGCUUCGAACGGAUGACUGCUUCUGCGCCUCGAGGAAGCUGGAUGCUGCUUCCACUGAAGCAAAGUUCCUGCAGGACCUCGGCUUCCGCAUGCUCAGCUGUGGACGCACGGACCUGGUGAAGCAGGCUGUCAACCUGCUGGGGCCCGAUGGCAUCAACAGCAUGAGUGAGCAGGGGAUGACCCCGCUGAUGUACGCCUGCGUCCGCGGAGACGAGGCCAUGGUGCAGAUGCUGCUGGACGCGGGAGCCGAUAUUAACAGCGAGGUGCCAAACUCAGUUCACAAGCACCCCUCAGUCUUUCCCGAAACGCGGCAGGCGACGCCGCUCACGCUGGCCGUGUUACAGGGACAUGUGCCUGUGGUGCAGCUGCUGCUGGAUGCCAAAGCCAACGUGGAGGGUUCCCUGCAGGACGGGAUGGAGAACUACACGGAGACCCCGCUGCAGCUGGCUGCUGCUGCAGGAAACUUCGAGCUGGUGAGUUUGCUGCUGGAGCGGGGAGCCGACCCCAUGGUGGGAACGAUGUACCGCAACGGCAUCUCCACCGCGCCGCAGGGGGACAUGAACUCCUACAGUCUGGCAGCAGCUCACGGGCACAGAAAUGUGUUCCGUAAGCUGCUGUCCCACACGGAGAAAGGGAAAGGAGACAUCUUAUCCCUGGAAGAGAUUCUGGCCGAGGGUUCGGAGCUGGAAGGCAGAACCCCGUCCCAGAUCGACAUGAUCAGAACCGGGAAGGCCAAACUUAAAGCCCUGAAAGAAGCCAUGUACCACAGCUCAGAACACGGACACGUAGACAUCACCAUCGACAUCCGGAGCCUCGGGGUCCCGUGGACUUUGCACACCUGGAUGGAGUCCCUGCGCACAUGUUUCCACCAGCACCGCCGACCGCUGAUCCAGGGUCUGCUCAAAGAGUUCAGCUGCAUCGAGGAGGAGGAGUACACCGAGGAGCUGAUCACGCACGGCCUGCCGCUCAUGUUCCAGAUCCUCAGAGCCAGCAAGAAUGAGGUGAUCAGCCAGCAGCUGUCUGCCAUCUUCACCCAGUGUUACGGGCCGUACCCCAUCCCCAAACUGGCCGAGAUCAAGAGGAAGCAGUCGUCACGCCUGGAUCCUCACUUCCUGAACAACAAGGAGAUGUCCGAUGUGACCUUUCUGGUGGAAGGGAAGCCUUUCUAUGCCCACAAAGUGCUGCUCUUCACAGCCUCCAACAGGUUUAAAACUCUCCUAGCAAACAGACCUUGCGGUGAAAACACGUGCAUUGAAAUCAGCAAUGUCAAAUAUCACAUUUUCCAGCUGGUGAUGCAGUAUCUGUACUGUGGAGGGACAGAAGCUCUGCACAUCAGGAACACAGAUGUUAUGGAGCUUCUGUCUGCAGCCAAGUUUUUCCAGUUGGAGGCUCUGCAGAGACACUGUGAGAUUAUCUGCACCAAGAACAUAAACACCGAGACGUGUGUGGAGAUCUACAACCACACCAAGUUCCUGGAUGCUCCAGACUUGGCGUCCUACAUCGAGGGCUACUUCCUGAAGAACAUGGUCGUGCUGAUCGAGCUGGAGCCGUUCAAGCUGCUGUUGUACGACGCGCCUCCCGACAGCCCCGGCUGCGACAUCCUGCGGGACCUGGAGAAAACCCUGGCCGUCCGCAUCCAGUCCAUCCACCUGUCCUCCUCCAAGGGGUCCAUCGUCUGAUCUCCUGACCUUUCAUGAACUCACAGAAUAUUCAUCAGAGACACGUUGACACUGUGCCGAGAUGGGUCGUUGCAAAUGAAAGAGAAAAAUAAGACAUGUAGGACUGUCCGGCUCAGAUCUUUGACUCUGUGAGAGAUGCUAAUAUGCUUUUUUGUUAUCAUAGCACAGAUUGCUACGAGUCCGUCUGUCUGCCUUGUUGAUACCUGUCAACUCUGACUUACAGUAACAUACAACGACCGUCAUAAGAGAGCUGUAAAAUGCCACAGUUUGCCACUAACAUACAUUACUGUAACUCACGUCCCUCAUUCAGCAAGGAUGUCUCUGCUACGUAGUUACAUGCCGCACUGAACGGGUCGGGCGGGGAGUACGGAGGACGACUUGCAAACCAGCGAGAGCGUCCGAGUGCACGUCUCGAUGUGUCGGGACGGUAAAACCAACCUAAUGUGAUAAGCCAUCAGUGUGUCCCCUCCCCGGCUGCCUCAUGUCGUGAUUUAUUUGCUUUAACGUGUACAGAGCAACUAAUUUGUAUAUUUGUCAGUCACUUAGCAUUAAAGAUGUGCUGAUUACUCUUUGAAAGCCAAACAAGACAAAGAACUAAGAAGUACCUGUAAUGUGACCGAUGCUGACGAGGGACUCUGAUCAUGUGACUUCAGGUCACUACCGUGUAAAUAUUGUUGAUAAAAAAACAAAACAAAAACAGAGCUAUUGAUAAUGUAAGUUAAUGUAUAUAUAUCCACAGAUGUUUUUCUCAUGUGUCUUACUGUUGGAUAUCGCUGUACAAAACAAGAAGCUCAUCUUUUAGAUAUCUGUGUUUAAAUGUUGCAUGUCGGAGGGAUGACUGUGGGUUUGUUUCGUUUCUUCUUUUUUCUGUUCGAGCCAACGACAUCGAGGAACUGCUUCCACAAUCGUACGACCGAACGACGGACGAGAACAUUGUUCGCCACGAGCAUGAGUCACUAAAUGUGUACCAGUCAGAUCGGUGUGGUCAUUUCGUGUGCGAGAGACAUUGUGACUUCAUGCUGUCAGCUGAAACCACGUGACUUUGUGUACGUGUGACUUGUUUUAUCUUUUCCUCUAUAAAGAUUAAUAUAAAGAACGCUGUGAAUCUG